AUGAUUCAGUUAAUAUUAGCAAGGACAGUAUCUUCACUAUGUAACUGUGUAACAUAUUUCUCAGGAAGUUCAAGAUCACCUGGUCCAAAUUUUCAUUAUAGAGGGUUUAAUAAGACGAGAAAUGAUCAAACGGAGUAUGAAAUAGAUUCUUUAUUGAUGGAAGAUGACUUAGUAGAUGAAUUGGUUGCUACUCCACUUUCAGCUGAGGAAAUAGCAGCAAAGCUUUCUAAUUCUAAUGCUAAACAUGUUCCUAAUAAUAUAUUGGGAGGUAGAGAUAUUAAUAUAAACAGUAAUAGUGGAGCAAGAGGAGCCGAUAUUUGGAUUGCUGGGGGUGGUUCUAGCAUGGGAAUAGGAGGUGGUGGAGGAGGAUUGAGAGUGGAAAGAAAUGAAAACAAAAUUAGCAAUGAUUGGUGGUCUGAUGGAGAAGAUGAUGAUGAUGAUGGAUUUUCUGGAACUGGAGGUAGAGGAAUAAUGAGCGGAUCUAACCAAACUAAUGAGAAAAUAAUCAAUACAACAUUUUUCAAUACAACUUCAGGAUUGGCUAAUGGUAAUAAUUUAAAUAAUAUCGGAGUUAUUCCUAAUCAUGGAGGUAAUAGCAUAGAAAGAGAUUUAUACUUUGAUGAGAAUAUAGACGAACUCAGUUUUCAAGGAAAUAAUUCUAAUAAUAACCAGCUACAAAAGGAUAAUUGGGAUAAAGAAUUUUUAAAUGAUUAUAGAGAUGAUCAAUCUUUUGAUUUUGUUCCAAUUAAAGAGAACUUGGAUAAUUUUGGUAUUAGUACAGAUUUGAGAACAGAGCAAGUAGAUAAAGAUCUUAGAAAAGAUGAUGAGAUCAUUUUUGAUAGUCAAAGAGAUCUUUUAGAUUAUAAAGAUUCUAAUGCCUAUAAUCAUAAUAGUAAUCAUGAUCAUCUUAAUUGGAACUAUGGAUAUAAUGACUCAAACACAAUUAAUGAUAAAUUGGAUAAUAAUGUUCCUCCUAUGAUAAAUAACCAGAAUGACAAAUUAUUAGAAAAAGAUUUUGGGGACUUUGGAGACUUUGGUGAUUUUACAAGUGGAAAUUCUCCAAAUCACUUUUUAACAAAUAAUGACGAUAUAAAUAAUCAUCAAAAUGAAACAGAAGAUGAAUAUUUUGAAUCAGCAACCAAACCCAAUUUAAUAAGUGGAUAUACUUUCGAUCAAGAAACUGAUGAUAUCAGUUUAAAAGAAAGUAGCGAUUAUCACAAUAAUCAAACAACUACAGAUCAAAAUAAUAUCUUAGAAGUUGAAAAUGCAAUGGAUAAUUUUUGCGAUUUUACUUCUCCGAAAAGAGACGAGCAGCAAUUGAUUUAUAACCAUCGUGACUCUUUUGAUCAUAUUAGUUUCGAUGCUAAUACAGAAGACACUAAUAACAAUAUUAUUAUCACUAGCAAUCCUAUACAGUUAGGACAAGAAUCAGGAUUUGGAAUGGAAUCAGAAAACCCGCCAGAAUCCAUUCGUGGUCAUCUACUUGAUGAUUUUGAUGAUAUAUUCAAUUCAUCUUUUCCAUCCAAUAGUAACCUUACCAAUAAUAAUAAAAAUACCAUUAGCACUUUUGAUCAUAUGGAGAAAAAUUUCCAGACUAAUAAUAACACAGUUAGUACUUACGAAGAUGAUGAGUUUGGAAUGUUUGACUUUGUUUCAGCAAAAUCUCCUCCAUCUGAUGAUCAUCUAAAGGCUACUGCUCCCAUGUUUAACAGCGAUCAACAUCAUAAUACUUACCAUCAACCUUCCGUUUUACUUGAAUAA